UGAAUCUGUAAUUUACAUAUUCUAUAUAUGCAUCAAGUUGGUCCAAAUUAAACUCAGAAAGUUAUAUACGAGUCUAUAUCCUCCUUACUAUCUUACUAGUUUUCUUUGAGACGUUUUUUGAGUAAUCUUUUUCAUAUUAUUUGUUCUUCCAACUUCCACUUCAAGUUUCAUGGCAAACUAUGGAGCCAAACAGAGAAUUCCUUCCUCUCCACCACCACCAUCAUCCACUGACCCUAAUGAACGACAACCAAAAGGGUCUCAAGAAAUUUUCUAUGCCAACUUCAGAGUCUACUGCCCCAUCAACAUACCACCAUCAUCAGAAGCUGCAGGAGUCCGAGUCAUGAGAAACAUAGGGAGUUUUGGCUUGUACUACACACUCUUCGUGUGGAUCAUACUCUUCAUAACCCUCAUCCCUAGCCGUAAGGUGUCCUUGAUUCUGUUGGUGAUCAUGACCUAUGUGACAACCAUUUACUGUUUAAUUCUGAGGGCGUUUCCAAACUCUGUUGUGCUUCACAGAAUCAUAGAUAAAAGGGUUGUGUUGACUUUGCUGGCUGUUGCAACUGCAGUGCAGCUGAUUUUGACAGAGGCAGGUAUUCAUCUUGCAGUGACUUUGGCCAGUAGUGCGCCCUUAGUUUUGGUUCAUGCUGUUUUGUGGGCUAGUUUUGAUGCCUUUGAGGUUGAGACUGCUUCUGCUAAAGGAGAACUGGUUCCUCUCACUGGCCAUGAUGAAAGUGUUGCUGAGAAUAAUUCUGAUGCUGUUUAAAUUUUUGUGGCCUCAGUCUUCACUAUCUUUAUUUAGUGUUGUUUACAUAAACAUGAUGGAUGAUUUUAUUUUUAUUUUUUAGAAGAAAAGCAUUGUUAUACUUCAAAUAAUAUUGCAAAAAAUAAAUUAAGUACGUAUGGAUGUAAUAAAAGUAGGCAAAUGGAUCCAUAUGCCCCAAAGUCCAAUGGAUUGUUAUGUACCAUUCAAUGAUAAUUAAUGCAUCUUUUCAAAAUUU